AAGAUGAUAACUUGCUCUAUUGAGAGAGUAUGAGAGGCUGAUAGUCAAGAUUGUCAUUUCUGUGAUGUUGUCUUAUAUUUGGUUGUUAGUCUUCUAACCACUUCUACAAGCCUCAACGUUGAGAGGUAGGUAGCUGUACCGAUCUAUCUGCAUUAGACUAUGCUGUGGUCCAUAUCCUUAUGUUUUUAGAUCUCUCUCAUGGCUGUUAAAUGAUUAACGCUUCUUCAACUUUGAAGGUCUUCCACAGGAGAAGUUCAUUCUUAAUUGUAGUGAUUCUUGAAUUUACACGUUUUCUGGGAUUUUGAUCAAUGAAUUAUAGCCACAAACAGAGGUCGAUAUCGAUGGAAAACAUACUUGCUUCAUUCCAAGGAACUCUAAAAGUAGAAGUGCUAAGUGCAGUAGUGCCUUUAUUGAUGUUCCUGUCUAUGGGUCUGAUUGGCUUAGUUCUUGCCCACCCAAAGUACCAACUAGUCCCCAGAGCUACUUUCACAUUUCUAAGCAAGCUGGUCUUUGUUGUCUUCUUGCCCUGCUUGAUCUUCACAUAUCUUGGCCCAACAAUCACUCUCAAAAACUUGCUGCUCUGGUGGUUCAUUCCUGUAAAUGUUGUUCUAAGUACCGCCAUUGGCUGCGUAUUGGGGUUGCUGGUGGCGCUAAUCUGUAGGCCUCCCCGCGACUACUUUCGAUUCACCAUAAUAAUGACUGCGUUUGGAAACACAGGUAAUCUGCCCCUUGCAAUUGUUACCUCUAUUUGUCAAAGUGAUGAUAACCCUUUCGGUUCUGAUUGUUACAACUAUGGUGUGUCAUAUGUAUCAUUUUCCCAAUGGGUUUCUGUUAUUCUCGUUUACACACUUGUUUACCAUAUGAUGGAGCCCCCAUUAAGGGAUCAAAGUCUACUCGUUGAGGAGGAAGAAGAAGAUGAUGAAGAUGAGAUAUUUGAGGAAAUUAUGUCUGGUCCAAAUUAUGAAGAUGAAAAUCAUCUGAGCAGGCCUCUUCUUGUUGAGGCUGAAUGGCCUGGAAUUGAAGAUAAAGAAACUGAGCACUGUAAGACACCCUUUAUUGCAAGACUUUUUACUACUAGAAGCUCCUCUGCUCGACUUUCAGUCUCAACUAUUCCAGAUGUAAUCGGCUCAACUGAAGAAGAGGGAACAUCCAACUACAGUUCCAAGUGUUUGGCUGAGCCUAGAAUGGUAAGGAAGUUCAGAUCAGUAGUGGGGAUGACACCAAUUCAUUACAUUCUUCAGCCCCCAACAAUUGCUUCCCUCUUGGCUAUUAUCAUUGGGAUGGUCCCCACGUUGAAAUCAAUUGUUUACGAUGACGAUGCAGUUCUUUCAUUUAUUACAGACAGCUUAGAAAUUCUAUCCGAGGCUAUGGUGCCUUCAGCUAUGCUUGUUCUUGGAGGAUCGCUUGCUCAAGGACCAAAUGAAUCCAAUCUCGGAGUUCGAACUACAGUUGGGAUUAUUAUUGCAAGACUUUUUAUACUUCCUUUGAUUGGAAUUGGUGUCAUUCAUUUGGCCGAUGAAUGGAAUAUUCUGAUAGCCGGAGAUCAAAUGUUCCGGUUGGUACUUUUGCUGCAGUACACAAUGCCAAGUGCCAUCUUGUUAGGAGCAAUUGCAAGCUUGAGGGGUUAUGCAGUUAAGGAGGCUUCAGCACUGCUCUUCUGGCAGCAUGUUGUUGCUGUUUUGUCCAUUUCAUUCUAUAUAAUUGUCUACUUCUAUAUCUUGUUUUGAACUUCAAACGUCUGAGUUUAGUUUUUUUUUUUUUUUUUUUUUUUUUUUUUUUCAGGGUUAUGAUUAGCGGAGUUUGGAUUAUUCUCCAAUGUAACAAAAAAAAAUAAAGGCAUUCUUUUUGAUUCGUCUUUCUCAAUUGUAUGAUGAGUAUUGUCAACGUUACUCCGUUAAUUCGCCUUUUAUAAUUUUGUGUGGUAGUGAAGCACCGAG